AAUAAUUAUUUAAUGAAUAUGGAUACAAAAGGAAGUGGUGUUACGGCCUCUAACAACAAUUGUGGCUGCCCUACACCCUGCCCUGGUGGCUCCGCCUGUAGGUGCAGCAAAUGGAGAAGCGAGACAAGUAGUGGAGGUGGAAAUGAGCAUAGGAAGUGCUCAUGUGGAGAGCACUGUAGCUGCAACCCAUGCACAUGCAGUGGCUCCAGUGCUAGAGCUGGUGCUGCAGCUGGGCUUGUCAAGCCUCGUUGCACUUGCCUCACUUGUGCCUCUUGAUCAUCAUCCAAUCUUCACCACACACUCUACCACUAUAUAUAUAUAGAUAUAUUAUGUAUUUGAAAUUAAUAUAAAUAAAUAAAGAAAAAGUACGUAUAGUAAUUAAAAUGGCCAACUAUACAUAGUUGGUGCUGGUUAUUUAUUAUUAUUAUCCUUAUUGUACUUAAUUGGUUGGUUGUAGGAAGUAAUUUAAAUUAAAUAAAUAUUAAUAGUAUGCCGUUGUCGAUUUUAAUGGAUCAUU